AGAUUGAAUUGAUAUGUUAAUUGGUAUAGUGUCAUUGAUUUCAAUUUUCUUAGUACAAGAGGCGACUGGAAAAGGAGGUGAGUGGAACGGAAUAAUGUGAAGUGUUACUGUGGUGUUUGAAUUGACUAAUGAUACUUUUGUACAUGUUGAUUGCACAAUUUCGAAUUCCAAAUACAGUACAUUCGUUUGUGCCUGUGUCUUCUUAAUUCAAUUGCGUUAUUUCUGGGACUCUUAGUUUGUGCUAUAAUUCCAAUAAGUUGAAAUACAAUACUGGCGUCGUGAUGGAACCUGCAAUGGAAAAGUUAGACAUUCAUUCAACUUCGGAAGCAUUUGAGGAUUAUUUCGAAAGGUUCGAAAUCUGGGUCAUGACCAUGGAAGAUGAUGAGGAUAUUAAUAUUGUGGCAUAUUUCCUCACAUUCAUCGGUAAAGAAGCAUACAGUUUAUUAAGAACGCUGGCUAUGCCGGAAAAACCCAUUUCGCUUCCUUAUACAACUCUCAAGGCAUUACUACUAGACCAUGUCAGGUAUGCAAAUUUUGAUUGCAGUAAAGAAGGGGAAUUUCCUAAAAUGAUUCAUCAGGACAUUAAACGUUCUACCACAUCACGUUAUCCUAAUCCAGUGCAUAUUCAAGGUUAUGCAAAUAGUUCAUUGCGGAGUUGCAGUGCGUUUCAAGAAGAUGGGCACAAGUUUGGUCAGUGUUUGUCCUGUGGCAAGUUCCAUGCUUUUAAUUCAAGUAAAUUUCGUAAUUCUAAAUGCUUUAAAUGUGAUGAUAUUGGAUAUAUUCAGUCAGUGUGCAAUACUAAUGUUCAUGUUAUUGCAACUAAUAUUAAGUCUUGUAAUUCUGAUUCUACUGAGUCGAGUAUUUAUAAUGAUGAUUUAUCUUUAUCAACUAUUGCAAUAGACAGUGAAGAGUCAAAAAGCAGUUCAGAGUUAAAUGAAAUCCAGAAUUCUUGUGAGACAACAGUUCCUAAUCAACCGAUUUAUCAGAAUUCUCAUGCUAUUGUACCAGGUAUGACUUUUCCUAAUGAUUCACAUAUUUCUGAUGAAAUUUCUUACAAAUCUGAGGAAAAUAUGUUAAAUGAACCUAUUCAUUAUCAAAAACCUGAGGCAGUCAUGAUAGAUGCUAAUUUUUUUAAUGAUCCAUUGCUCUGCAAUGACAUUCUUAGUCAAUUUCAUGAAAAUAUUUCAGUAGAAUCAAAUCCUGAUGUCAUAUGUAUUACAUAUCCUCAUAAUGCAUUUGCUCCUUGUGAAAAACUUGUUCAAUGCAAAGCACGAAUACUAAAUGAGCUCGGUUUUGAUUACAAUUCUGAUGAUUUCAUAUCAACUGUUGUUCAUCCUUAUCACAAAAACACUUCUAAUGUUUACUCUAAUCAAUGUGAGAAAUAUGUUUUAAAUGAAGCCACAUUAUUCAUAACUUGGGAAUAUAAAGACCCAACAUUAUUUCGUGGGGGGGGGAUAGCGUUGAAAAAUCUAUGAUUCCAAUUUGAGAUAUGAAUCAUUUCAGUACAAAACCGAUAUGUUGAUUGUAUACAAUUCAAGGUGAGUCUGUUCCGAUUUCGUUUGUUAAUUCUCAUACUAAUGAGCACAUUCUAGAUACUAAAAAGUUUUCAUCCAGUACAAUGUCGGACAGACUCAGGAUGAACUUAACAAGAAAACAUACAACCGAUUGCAAACACUUAUACUUCUAUUUAAGCUGUGGCGGAUGUGGUGUUUGAAUUGACUAAUGAUACUUUUGUACAUGUUGAUUGCACAAUUUCGAAUUCCAAAUACAGUACAUUCGUUUG